AUGGCGCCAAUAGAUUCUGGCAGUGAUCAGUUUGUGGUAUUGCCAAUCGAAAUGCCGCCUUGCCCCUCAUUCCCCGAAACAGCCGUCCACGAAGUCCGCAUCCGACGAAAUGCGCCCAAGAUUGCCACGACAAACGACUCGCGCAGCCUAUUUCUGAAGAAUAUUCCUGCCGAUAGCACAGAGCAACAUUUCCGCGCCGUAUUCACGCAGCUCGUCGGCGCGGGCCGCUUCGAAGGAAUCAACUUCGAAGACGAAAGCGGUGCCGCCCAUUCUUUCGACCCUGCCGAGGCCGUCAAGAUAAAUACCAUAGCAAAGAAGCGCAAGCGAGACGACUUGGAGAUGGAGGAGCAAGAGAAGGAACGACAGGCGAUACGACUGCCCGAGAUUUGGACCAGAAGGGUGCUGCGCAGCAGCAGCACCGCUGUGGUACUCCUCGCUGACGACAAGAGCGUGCAGCUGGUUCUCAAGGCCAUUACGAAAGCAAACAAGACUAAGAAAUACCCAAUGUGGGACGACGAUUCAUUAAGUGGUGUCUCACCUCUUGGUGUGCCUUGGAUAUCGUCACACUUGCGAGAUUCGCGUGUCGACAAGGCGGAAGCUCGAAGGUCGGUACACGCCUUCUUCAACGCCUUUAAUCGCAAGGAAAAGGAGGCUGCGGAGCUUGCCAAGAGACUGCGCAACGAACCCGACGAGGACGGCUUCGUUACGGUUACACGUGGUGGUCGCACAGCGCCCGCCAGCAAGUUCGAGGCGGAAGAGGCCAAGCGCCGCAUGGUGGACAAGGACACAAAGAAGAAGUCCGAGAUGCAAGAUUUCUACCGCUUCCAGCUGCGUGCUCGCCGCAAGGAGGAGCAGGCGGGUUUGAUGAGGAGAUUCCAGCAGGAUAGGGAAAAGGUCAAUGCCAUGAGGGAGAGGCGCGGCAGGUUCAAGCCCGAGGCAUAA